UCUCCCGAGCUCCCCCGAGCUCCCCCGAGGUCCCCCGAGCGCCGGUGCGGUCGGGUGGGGGUGGGUUGCGGUCCCCCCGCCUGGGCGGCCAUGGGGCUGCAGCCCUUGGAGUUCAGCGACUGCUACCUCGACAGCCCCUGGUUCCGGGAGCGGAUCCGCGCCCACGAAGCGGAGCUGGAGAAGACCAACAAGUUCAUCAAGGAGCUGCUCAAGGACGGGAAGAACCUCAUCGCCGCCACCAAGAGUCUUUCAGCAGCACAGAGGAAGUUUGCCCACUCACUCAGAGACUUCAAAUUUGAGUUUAUUGGGGAUGCAGAGACUGAUGAUGAGCGCUGUAUUGAUGCUUCCCUGCGAGAAUUUUCCAACUUUCUGAAGAACUUGGAAGAACAGAGAGAGAUAAUGGCAUUAAGUGUAACUGAAACUUUGAUUAAACCUUUGGAGAAAUUCAGAAAAGAGCAACUUGGAGCUGUAAAGGAGGAGAAGAAGAAGUUUGAUAAAGAGACGGAGAAAAAUUACAGCUUAGUCGAUAAGCACCUGAAUCUAUCAGCUAAAAAGAAGGAUUCACAUUUGCAAGAGGCAGACGUCCAAGUGGAACAAAAUCGACAGCACUUCUAUGAACUUUCUCUUGAGUAUGUAUGCAAGCUGCAGGAGAUCCAGGAAAGGAAAAAAUUUGAGUUCGUUGAACCCAUGCUGUCGUUCUUUCAGGGAAUGUUCACUUUCUAUCAUCAGGGCCAUGAACUUGCCAAAGACUUCAAUCACUACAAGAUGGAACUACAGAUCAACAUCCAGAAUACGAGAAAUCGUUUCGAAGGAACAAGGUCGGAAGUGGAAGACCUCAUGAACAAAAUCAGAAAGAAUCCGAAAGAGCAAAAAAGAGCAAGUCAGUUUGCCGCGGAAGGCUACCUGUAUGUUCAAGAAAAAAGACCUGCCCCAUUUGGCUCCAGCUGGGUAAAACACUACUGCAUGUAUAGAAAAACUGCAAAGAAGUUCACCAUGAUCCCAUUUGAACACAGAUCCGGUGGGAAACUUGGUGAUGGAGAGAUCUUCAGUCUCAUCGAGUGUACCAAAAGGCCCAUGGAUUCCAUUGACAGACGAUUCUGUUUUGAUGUAGAAACAUCAGAUCGACCUGGAAUUCCUAUAACAAUGCAGGCUUUUUCAGAAGAAGAGAGGAAGCAGUGGAUGGAAGCUCUAGGUGGAAAAGAAGCUUUGUUCCACAAUUUGAAUAGAGCCAGCCCAAGACCUGAAGAACGUGCCCAGUUGGAUAAGAUGGGAUUCACAAUUCUCAGAAAAUGUAUCAGCGCAGUUGAAACCCGAGGAAUAAAUGACCAAGGACUCUACAGAGUUGUGGGGGUGAGUUCAAAGGUCCAGAGACUUCUCAGUGUGUUGAUGGAUGCAAAAACAUGUAGUGAAGUGGACCUGGAAAAUUCUUCAGAUUGGGAAGUGAAGACAAUAACAAGUGCUCUGAAGCAGUACUUGAGAAGUCUUCCCGAGCCCCUCAUGACGUACGAGUUACAUGGACAGUUCAUCGUUCCUGCCAAAUGUGGCACCCCAGAAUCCAGAGUCAAUGCUAUCCAUUUUCUGGUUCACAAACUCCCAGAGAAAAACAGAGAAAUGUUGGAUAUUUUGGUGAAGCAUUUAACAAAUGUUUCAAACCACUCCAAGCAAAAUCUAAUGACGGUGGCAAAUUUGGGAGUGGUGUUUGGACCGACUCUCAUGAGGCCACAGGAGGAAACUGUAGCUGCCAUAAUGGACUUGAAGUUUCAAAACAUUGUAGUGGAAAUCUUGAUUGAAAACCACGAAAAGAUUUUCCGAACCCUGCCUGAUGCCACGCUCUCUGAGCCAACCUCUAUGUCAAUAUCUCCUCCAAAUGCACCACCGAGGCAAUCAAAGAGGCAAGGACAGCGAAAUAAGAGACCCGUGGCUGUAUACAAUCUUUGUCUUGAGCUGGAGGAUGUUGAUAAUUAUACAUCUCCGAAGGAGGACACCCCCACUGGCAGUCAAGAAUCCCUUUCCUCCCAGUCUCCGACACCUGCAAUGUCUAGCAGCCCUACAGGACCGGACAAAAACCACCUCAUUCCCGAUGCCGUGGAUUGUGUGGAUUGGACGUCGAAUCACCCGAACCAGCCUCGCGCCCCCAUGGUCCAGUGGCUUAAUCCACAGCCUCCCUCCUCGCCGGUUUCCACCUCAGCCGCCGCUCCGCCUUCACCAGUGUCACCAUCUUUCCCCACACCUUUCCUCACGUUCCCUCUCUUAGCUGCGAGCGACAAGUCAGUUGAGAGCACGGUGAAUCGGAAGGCUCGGGCAGUGUAUCCGUGUGUGGCUGAACAUAGCUCGGAGUUGUCCUUUGAUGUAGGAGCCAUUUUUGAGGACGUCCAAACUUCGAGGGAACCCGGCUGGCUCGAAGGAACCCUGAAUGGCAAGAGGGGAUUGAUCCCGCAAAACUACGUGAAGUUGCUGUAGCCUCAGCCUCCGGUACCCAUCCCGGCUACCCGUGUGUUAUACGGACGGUUGUUCCCUAGGACCUCCCCGCCCUCCUCUGCCUGGGGGGCCGGGAAGGGGUAGCCCGAGAGGAGCCACCAUACGGAGUGACGUAGCCCCAGCAGGAUUUCCACCCGUGACUCUGACUCAAGGCUUCGCCGGGAGCAGGGAGGGAAAGGAGAGAAGAAAAGGGGAUGGCUUCUAGUUUUUGUUGAGGGGGAAGAUAGUGUGUAGCUGAAGGGGGUUUCUACUGCAACCCCCCAGUUGGUUUCUCCCAACUGCAGGGAGGUGGGAUGGGGUCUGUGCUGGUCUCUUGUCUGUGGCUGCCACCGCCCUGCCAGGGGCAGAGCGACUGGUCUCCCCCCCCGGCCCCGUCCCGCAGGAGGAGAAUGUUGAGAACCAUUUCUCCCCAAGCUGGCGUUUCCAAGGAUCUCCGCUGGUUCUGACGAAGGGACGUGCAGUGAGUUUGUAUUUGCUCUGGAGGCGGAGGGCAACCAAAGGGCACAGAACACUCCCUCCUUCCUCGAGUGGUCAGAUGCUUUUUCCCUGUAACUUUACCCAGACAGGCACAACACACGUCUUUAUUUCAAGCUUUAGUGUCUCCUGGAUAUACCUUGUGCUGUUUGCCAAGAAAAAAAGAUCUGUAAAGGAAAUAAAAUUUUAUUUACUAUUUGA